AUGUAAUAAAUAGAAGAACUUAUAUGUCCAGAAUGUUAAAUGAUGUUUAAUGAGAAUGAAAAUCUGCCAUUGAUGCUUCCAGAUUGUGGACAUACAAUAUGUUAAAAUUGUAUUUAACAAAUGUUAAUCAAUAAAAAAUACAUUGUUUGUCCAGAAGAUGGGUAAAAUUAUUAUUUAUUAUAGUAUCAUGGCCAAAAAUAAAAAUGAUAUCUCAUAAUUUCCAAAAAAUUGUUAAUUAUUAAAAAUGGUGGUCAAAAAUAAAACCUAAUACCAGUAAAGUAGAUAAUCAGCAAGAAAUGAUGAUAAUGAUAUAAAUUAUCAGUUGUAAUUAAACAACUUAAUUUCUAAUGAUAUUCCUAAUGAUUUAUGUUAGGAACAUCUAGAAAAAUUAGAAAUAGUAUGUCUCACAGAUUAAGUUAGAAUUUGUACAAGAUGUGCAUUAUUUGGAUAACAUCGACAUCAUGAGGUUCGUUCAUUUGAUGAUGUUGUAAAAGAAAUCACUUAAAAAGCUGAAAAUAUUAUGUAGAUAUAUUAAAAGAUCCUAUAAAAGUAAAGUGAAAUGACAGAAUAAAAAUAUUUCGAACCAUUAUAAGAAAGAUUUUCAAGUGUUCUUACAGAGAGUCAUAAUACAGUAAAAGAGAAAUUUAAAGAACUUCAUUAAUUAUUAGAUCUAAAAGAAUAGAGACUUAUAGAAUAAUUGACUACAUUAACAUAAUCACUAGAAUAAUAAACAAAAAAAUAAGUUAAAGAAUUGUUAUAAAAUUGCUUAUCUUAGGCUGAAUUAUGGAAGAUAACAGCUAAAGAUAGAUUAGUAUAUUUCUCAACUAAAACAGAAAAUGGAGAAUUACCUUUAGAUUUAUUAAAUAAUUAAGAUUAUGCUUGUGUAGAUAAGGGAAAGGGAAUAUAUGAUGAAUUAGAGAAGAUCUAAAAAUAAUUGGAUAUUAAAUUAUAAAAUAUUAAAAUAAAGAAAUUAAGAGUAGAUCUCAAAAAGACAGAAAUAGAUAAGAGUUUUGAUAAUCUCUUUACUAUUACUUUAUAAUUAAGUAAUGUCAAUAAUACCAGUAUUAUGACUAAGAGUAGUUAAAUAUUAAAAAAUAUCAAUACUUUAACAGAUUCAACAUUAUUAUAGGAUAUAAAGAGAAAUGAAAGUUUUAGUAAAUUAUGUGGUUAAGAUGUUUUUUCAAGUUUUUGUUAAGAUGAGCCAAUGUUACUUAAAGAUAUAUCUAUGGCAGAUUGGAGUGAGAGUCUUAUGGAUGAUACUACAAAUAUUACUUAAGUAAAAAGUCCAAAUAGAAGUAGUAUAGAAUAAGAAGAAUUUAUAAAAAAUAAGAAUGGAUCUGGAUUAAAAGAACUUAAAGAAAUUUAACCUGUAGUAAGUUCAUAAACAAUUCAAUCAACUACUCCUACAAAACCAGAGAGAAUUUAAAUUAGAGCAUUAGAAAAACUUAAAGGAUCCUUUUAAUAACCAAGUCCUGGUAGAAGAGAUAUAGAAUAAGUUAAUUCUAUAAGAUAAGGAGUUAGUCCUAAUACUAAAAUAUAAGANCAUCGACAUCAUGAGGUUCGUUCAUUUGAUGAUGUUGUAAAAGAAAUCACUUAAAAAGCUGAAAAUAUUAUGUAGAUAUAUUAAAAGAUCCUAUAAAAGUAAAGUGAAAUGACAGAAUAAAAAUAUUUCGAACCAUUAUAAGAAAGAUUUUCAAGUGUUCUUACAGAGAGUCAUAAUACAGUAAAAGAGAAAUUUAAAGAACUUCAUUAAUUAUUAGAUCUAAAAGAAUAGAGACUUAUAGAAUAAUUGACUACAUUAACAUAAUCACUAGAAUAAUAAACAAAAAAAUAAGUUAAAGAAUUGUUAUAAAAUUGCUUAUCUUAGGCUGAAUUAUGGAAGAUAACAGCUAAAGAUAGAUUAGUAUAUUUCUCAACUAAAACAGAAAAUGGAGAAUUACCUUUAGAUUUAUUAAAUAAUUAAGAUUAUGCUUGUGUAGAUAAGGGAAAGGGAAUAUAUGAUGAAUUAGAGAAGAUCUAAAAAUAAUUGGAUAUUAAAUUAUAAAAUAUUAAAAUAAAGAAAUUAAGAGUAGAUCUCAAAAAGACAGAAAUAGAUAAGAGUUUUGAUAAUCUCUUUACUAUUACUUUAUAAUUAAGUAAUGUCAAUAAUACCAGUAUUAUGACUAAGAGUAGUUAAAUAUUAAAAAAUAUCAAUACUUUAACAGAUUCAACAUUAUUAUAGGAUAUAAAGAGAAAUGAAAGUUUUAGUAAAUUAUGUGGUUAAGAUGUUUUUUCAAGUUUUUGUUAAGAUGAGCCAAUGUUACUUAAAGAUAUAUCUAUGGCAGAUUGGAGUGAGAGUCUUAUGGAUGAUACUACAAAUAUUACUUAAGUAAAAAGUCCAAAUAGAAGUAGUAUAGAAUAAGAAGAAUUUAUAAAAAAUAAGAAUGGAUCUGGAUUAAAAGAACUUAAAGAAAUUUAACCUGUAGUAAGUUCAUAAACAAUUCAAUCAACUACUCCUACAAAACCAGAGAGAAUUUAAAUUAGAGCAUUAGAAAAACUUAAAGGAUCCUUUUAAUAACCAAGUCCUGGUAGAAGAGAUAUAGAAUAAGUUAAUUCUAUAAGAUAAGGAGUUAGUCCUAAUACUAAAAUAUAAGAUUGUAAGAAAAAGAAAAUGUUUAAGAUUAAUGAGAAAUUUGAAAAUGUUUGGUAAGCAUUUAAGAGUGAUAAUUUAGAAAUAGCAGAUUUUUCAAGUGCAGGUAUAUAUAUAUAUAAUGAUUAUAUUAGAAUUAGGAGAUGAAGGAUUAUAAUUUAUAGGGGAUAUUCUUAAAAUAUCUAAGAGAGUUAAAUAACUUAAAUUAGUUAGAAAUAAAAUAACUGAUGAGGGUGCUUGUAAACUAUUAGAUUGUUUAGUAUAUAAUACAAAUUAAGCUUUUUAAAGUCUACAUUUAUCAUCAAAUAUGAUAACUGAAAGGACUCUAGAUUAUUUUAUUUCUUUAGUUAGAAAUUCCCCCUAAAGUUGUUCAUUGCCAAAAUCUUUAUAUUUGAACCAAACUUUAAUAAAUGCAACCAAAGCCAAAAAGAAAAUUGAAGAUUUAAAGCGCGUUGGAUAUUUAGUGAAUAUUUGA